UUUUGACAGUUUCAACCGGAAGUGCUUGCCCUCGUCCAGGCGGAAGUAUGUGUUGCACAUCAAUGGCAGCCACCUUGCUCCAAGUGUGCUGUUUAUGAGAACAGUAUUUGGCCAACAUAAAAAAAAUGCUUGUAUAUGAACCAAGCUCGGUAAAGCUCGGGUGUUUAUAGUAUGGCUUUGUGCAACAUGAUGUCCGUGGUUAGGGCUGCGGUCGGCGGCCUGGCGGGACUCUGCAGAGCUCACGGUCACCAGCGAGCUCCAUUGCAGAGCUGCUUGAAAACCUGCGCUGCUGGGCUGAAGACAUAUCCAGUCACUCCAGACUACAGCGACGUUUUGCUGCCAGAGAAACCCAAGCUGAAGUUUCUGAACAAGGUGCCUAACCUAAAAAAGGCCAAGAAAGAGCAUAAGAAGCUGCGGGAUAUCCAGGGUCCAGCCAAGCUGGCGAAUUCCUUUACUUCUGGGCAGUAUGCGAUCGUUGCCAUGGGCGGAGGCUACCUGCACUGGGGUCACCUGGAGAUGAUACGUCUAACAAUUAACCGAAAGAUAGACGCCCGCACGACGUUCGCCCGGUGGCGUAUCAACGCCCCGUACAAGCCCAUCACGCGUAAAGGCCUGGGCCAGCGCAUGGGUGGAGGUAAAGGAGCCAUCGACCACUACGUGACGCCGGUCCGGUACGGACGUUUGGUCGUGGAGGUGGGCGGAAAGGUGGAGCUGGGCGAGGUUGAGCAUAUCUUGACUGAAGUGGCCAAGAAGCUGCCCUUUCCUGCUAAGGUAGUGAGCAGAGAGAGCCUGGAAGAAAUGCAAAGAAAUCAGAAAGAGAUGGAGGAGAACAACCAGAAUCCCUGGACUUUUGAGCGGAUAGCCCAUGGCAACAUGAUGGGCAUCAGGAGGGUGCUCAGUCCAUUCGACCUGCACAAUAAUGGACGCUUUACGGGCAAAUUUCACUUGCCAGGGAGGGUGUGACGGACCUGGGGGCCAGCUGACAUCACCCAGACCCCAUGUCUUAAGACCUAACUAGAGCUGUGUUACUCCCUCACUCCUAGAAAUAUCUUGCUUUUUUUUUAAUGAAACUUUACAUUAAGUUGUGAAUUAUAUUAUGUCUAUUAUAGAACUACUUGCUUCUGACUCAAAAGCAACAAAUAAAACAUGGGAUAAGUGAAAACAAA